AUUUCUAUUGAAGGGUGUUUAGAGGUUCAUGGAGAAGUAUCUCUAUUGAAUUUGUAGCUCCCCGAGUAACCAUUGGUUGGAAGCCCGAUACAUUGUCAAGAGAGAGGGAACGAAUUCAAGAUAAGGAAUCUAUGGAGUCGGGUGACCAAAAUCUGAACCCGUCGAUCAAUAUUUGCCAAAACGAUUAUUAUGAAAAAUACGAACCUAUCUGGAAAGAUCUCUAUCACAUCAUUAAGGGUGAUUAUGACAGAGCGGCAUAUGUCAUGGUACUUGUCUUCUCCAGCAUUUUGCUAUUCGCCAUCGUCGCCUUCUUUGGCUCAUACAAGCGUCGUUCGCGCAACAAGUUGCUCAAGGGGGCCCUAUGGGCUGCCUACUUUCUUCCCUUCUACGUCAUAUCAAACACCCUUGGACUGAUGCAAUCACCACCGUACCAUAAUCAGAUGUAUGCAAUCUGGGCCGUGCUUUUCCUCCUCGUUCACGGAUGCACCAACACCACGAUUUACAGCAUCCAAGAUAACCAGCAAGGAAAGAGAGGCGCCUUGCAGGAAAUCAUUCUCCUCUAUUUGGCUUUUUGGUUGUAUUAUCUGCAUCAUAAUGAAAGAGUGUUUGAAUGCCCACUUCUAGUGAUUCUGGUAGUUACCGCCAUCAAGUUUGCUGCUCGAAUGAUAAUAGUAAACUCUAGGUACUCACCAUCACUUGAGUUAAAAAGGACAACUAAACUACUUUCCGACUACUACAUGCGAUGCGACAAAGACAACAACAGCGCGGCAGAUUCCGUCCACAUGAAAGGAUGCGACGAAGACAACAGCAGCGAGGCAGAUUCCGUCUACAUGAAAGGAUGCAAGUAUUUGGUCAUGGGAGAAGAGAAAAUGGAAAUGGCAAACAAAGGGAAAUGGGACAAGGAUAGAAUUGUCACUGUCGAGAAGAUAUGGGACUGCCGACAGAUGCCACUUCUCUCCGAAAGAGGUGAUCGAGAUGGUCAUUUGAAAGACAUGUGCCUCUCAUUUGCCUUGUUCAAGAUGCUCGUACUUCGAUUCAGGAGAUACCCUUUGCAUGAAUCUCAUCUUCCGAAGACUUGGAACUUCGUACGGUAUGGGCUCCUCUCAAAGAAUGAUCACGAAAGAGCCUUUCGAGUCAUCGAAGUAGAGCUAUCAUUCCUUUAUGAUUACUUCUACUCUGUGUUGCCAGUAAUAUUUAAUGAUAGGAGGUCAUUCUUCACUAAGACUGUACUCUAUGUGAUCUCAAAAAUCCUUGUGUUGGGAGCUAGUAUUUGGAUUGCAAUACCUCUUAUCAGUUACGCACCACCUGCCCGAGAAUUUCUCGACUUAAAAUACUGCAAAAUAAAUGUUGAUUUGAAGAACGAUUGUUACAUGAGAGGUGAAAAAUGGGCAGACAAAUUCUGUAAAAAAUUUCUGGUAUAUCCACCUACCCAUGCAGAUGUUUUGGGCACCUGUGUGGUGAUAGGCAUGUUCCUCGUAAUGCAGAUUUUGCAAUUCCUCAGUGUUGUUUUUUCAAAUUGGACCAAGGUAUGGUUGGUGUGCCAAUAUGUCCGGAAGUGCUUCUUGCAAAAGAGUAAGCUGUGGGAGGGAGUGCUGGUGUUCUUUUGUCAUCCUCCGCUUAUGAGAUCGAAACAUUGGAGAAACAAAAUGAGUCAGUACUUUCUUCUUUCUUCUUUCAAUUACCGCCCUACACGAUGCUGCUUUCUGUGUCAUGUUUUUAUAGAUAAGCGUAGGAGAGGGCAGAAAGCCAGUGACUCUGUAGAACUGUCUACGCAUGUGAAGAAAGCUGUUAUUGAUACAUUGAUAGUUAAUGGCCGUCGAUUGACAAAUGGGGUGUCUUCUUUGCGGAAAAACGAGGUAGAAGCAAAGCUCUCUUGGGCAUGCAGCUUCGAUUCAAACACAUACACCAUCUUUGUUUGGCACGUCGCUACCUCCUUUUGUGUCAUGGAGCACGAUGCCGAGUGCAAGAAAAAGGAAAAGGAUUCAGGUAAGGUAGAACGAGAUCGUGCUGUCGCCACCAGCAUAUCUGGAUAUUGUGCCUACCUGGUAGCUUUCGCUCCAUCGUUGUUGCCUGAUCAUCCUGAUGAUACUGAAUUAUUAUUUGAUGCAACAAUAUCAGACACGAGAAAAUUACUUAAAAAAUGCAGAAAAGGGUUGUACCAGAAGUUGAAGGACAUGGAAAAUGGGGAAAGCAUUGUAGAAAUGGGCGUCAAACUUGGGAAGCAACUGUUGUCACUACCAGAUGAAGGGCAAAAAUGGAAGGUAUUGGCAGAAUUUUGGGCAGAGAUGAUAUUGUUCCUUGCUCCAUCGGAUAAUGAAAUGGCCCAUGCCGAAAGUCUAGCCAACGGUGGAGAAUUCAUCACACAUUUGUGGGCUUUGCUUACUCAUGCAGGAAUCCUGAAAAGAAACUCCGAUCAGCUUGAUGUAGAGAACCCUCCUGGAGCUUCUUCCAGUCAAUAGGAAGCAGCUUUGGCUUCUAAGCACAUGGAAGAGCGCUAGAAUUCGGUUCUCUUUGGCUCCAAACUAUCCAAUAGAAGCUGAACAUCACCUAUGUUUGCUACUUGUGAUAUGAAACCAGUACUUAAAGGUGUCAUUGGUUUGAAAUGGGUGUGAUAUUUAAAUUAAGUUUGUUUGUUGCUUGUUCUAUGAAACCGUUACUGAAAGGUGUUAUGUAUGUUAUUUUGCCCACAUCAUGACUAGGGCCCAAGGUUUGAAAUGGUUUUUCUAUGUAACUUAA